GACAAACACAAAUUGUCAUUAUGUAGCUCAUUUCUGCCUUAACGCUUACUGAAUAUCACCGUUUGACUUUCCUUGUACAUAACCCGAAACUUGUGGGCGCGGAGCGGUCCUGUUUUUUUUUUUGUUUUCUCCAAGCCGCUGCAUUCUCCAGAGGUGGUACCUCCACAUAUGACAAUCUGACAACCUCUACAUCUCCUUUUUGCUUUUCUUUUUUUUUUCGCUCUCAAAAUGAGAGAAAGCCGUGGGCCUGGCACGCUAUAAAGCCAACUGUACCUACGCUGGGUUUGUGUCUUCCUCUCCGGCAGAUCAUCUUGAGUCGAGCGGCGGAUGUCUGAAUGAAGAUUUCGUUAAGCAAUUCCGAGAUUUUUACGAUUCAUCGCCGCUGAAAUUUGGACUGAUAAAUGGAGUGUUUGGUCGAACUACAUUGCAUUAUGCUGCAUGGGGGAGUGUUAACAUCGCAGCGGCUGACAAGAAUACUCUGCAGUCUGAAUAUUUUAGCCUGUUGAUGAUGAACGGCGCAGGACGGGAGCAAACUGUCGUGAGAACCGGUUUGUGGCCGAUGUCUUGAAUUGAAGUGAGUAACCAGACUGUUAAAAAAAGGAACAAAGGACACCCCAUGGUUAAAAAAUCAUCAUCAUAAUAAUAAUUUGGAUGGUUUUGGGGGUGGGGAGGACGACAUCAUAUAAACCGUGAUCAAAAUGGAUAAAACUGCUGUCUGAGCUGAAGGAGGACUGACGGUUAAGGCCUAGCUUACUUUGAUAACAGUAAAGUUGAAAAUGAGGAUGAUGAUGUGGUACGAAGGCGAGAAGAGGAGCCGGAGUGAGGGAUAAAAAUCGCCCAUGUGUUUCCAACGGCCGAUUUGAAGAGCAACGGAAUUCAUGUUUUCGAGGAUAAUAAGACUGUGCUUUUGAUUAUUGUUAUUAUUUUUUUUUAGAAAAUAUACAUACAAAAAAACAAUCUUCAAAUUAACUUCAUGUGAAAAACAGAGCGAGAGAGGAAAUCAGCUUCCUGAUCAGGGGGUGGGGGGAAAGAAAGAAAGAUAGAUAGCUAUAUUAUUCAUGCUUUGUUGUGAGGGGGAGUUGGAGAAAACCGUUUUGUGUUGGCUUUCCUCCUAAAGCGAAACAUCUCAGUUGAAGUGGGCCUCGAAACUGAAGGAGAGAGCGAAUGACAGUCAGUUAGCAUAUCAGUAAAAGCACUUGCGCAAAAAGACAACGGCUGAAGUGUGUUGAAGCAUGGGCUGUGCUUCAAGUAUUCAUAUCUCUGAUAGGGUGGUCUACCACAGUGGAAAAGAGUCUGAGGAUUCCCACUCACCCCAGCAGACAAAUACCACUCAGCAUCAAGGAAAUCCUGCCUCGGGAGUACCGAUAAAACCUGUGAGUUGCAAGACCACAUUAACGGAGGUGCAAUUCGGACCAAUGAAGUUAUUUAAAGACCAUCUUCAGGUACUUUUAGUAUUUGCCAAAGAGGACAGUCAGAGUAAUAGCUUCUGCUGGGCAUGUGAGAAGGCCAACUUCAGGUGCAGCGUGGCACGGACACCCGAAUCGGCUCUUGAAUGCUUCCUUGAGAAGCAUCACGACCUCAUCAUCAUUGACCACAGACAUUCCAAACACUUUGAUGCUGAAGCACUAUGCCGGUCAAUUAGAGCGGUCAACUCCUCAGAAAACACUGUGAUAGUUGCCGUUGUGAAAAGGCCAGACAGAGAGGAAGCCUCGGUGAUGCCUCUGAUCAAUGCUGGCUUUAAUAGGAGAUAUGUGGAGAAUGCCAAUAUGAUGGCCUGCUACAAUGAGCUGCUACAGCUAGAGCAUGGAGAGGUGCGGGCACAGUUCAAACUAAGGGCUGGAAAUGCUAUUUUCACAGCUCUAGAACAAAGCCAAGAGGCCAUAGAGAUCACUUCUGACGAUCAAGUCAUUCAGUACGUGAACCCUGCUUAUGAGGCCAUCAUGGGCUACCAACAAGGCGAGCUAAUAGGGAAGGAAAUGAUAGAAGUGCCUAAAAGUGAAAAGAAUAAGCCUGAUCUCCUUGAAACGAUAAACUCCUGCAUACGCAAAGGAAAGGAGUGGCAGGGGAUCUAUUAUGCCAAAAAGAAGAAUGGAGACAGCAUUCAACAAAAUGUGAAAAUCACACCUGUGAUUGGACAGGGAGGAAAAAUCAGACACUAUGUGUCUAUCAACAGGCCUUCAAAUGAUAAUAAUAAGAGUGAUAAAUCCAGUGAACGUGUGCAGGCAGAGUCCCAGACAGAUAUCCAAUCCAGUAAGCACAAGGACCGGAGGAAAGGCUCUCUUGAUGUCAGAUCCACAACGUCCCGAGGGAGUGAUGGGAGCUCCCAGCGAAGGCACUCCUCCAUGGCCCGAAUCCACUCCAUGACCAUCGAAGCUCCCAUCACCAAGGUGAUAAACAUCAUCAAUGCAGCUCAGGAAAGCAGUCCCAUGCCUGUGGCGGAGGCUUUGGAUCGGGUGCUGGAGAUCCUAAGGACCACUGAGCUCUACUCCCCACAGCUGGGCACCAAGGAUGAGGAUCCCCACACAAAUGACCUUGUGGGGGGGCUAAUGACUGAUGGCUUACGCAGACUGUCAGGGAACGAGUACAUCUUUUCAACAAAACAACCCCAUCAUAUCCCCAGCCAUCUGACCACUCCUCUGUCGUUAAACGACAUCCCGCCUCGCAUCGCCCAGACCAUGGAGAGCGAAGACUCUUGGGACUUCGACAUCUUCAACUUGGAGGCUGCUACCAUGAAACGGCCUUUGACCUACUUGGGUCUGAAGAUCUUCUCUCGUUUUGGGGUCUGUGAGUUCCUGAACUGCUCUGAGACCACCCUGCGCUCCUGGCUACAAGUGAUCGAAGCCAACUACCACUCCAGUAAUUCCUACCACAACUCGUCUCACGCAGCCGACGUCCUGCAUGCAACUGCAUAUUUCCUUUGCAAGGACAGGGUUAAGCAAAGUUUGGACCCUAUAGAUGAGGUGGCUGCCCUGAUUGCUGCUACUGUCCACGAUGUGGACCACCCAGGCCGCACCAACAGCUUUCUGUGCAAUGCAGGCAGCGAACUGGCCAUUCUCUACAAUGACACAGCCGUGUUAGAGAGCCACCACGCAGCACUGGCUUUCCAAAUCACCACACGAGAUGAUAAGUGCAACAUCUUCAAGAACAUGGAGAGGAAUGAAUAUCGUACACUACGACAGGCCAUCAUUGACAUGGUGCUAGCAACUGAGAUGACCAAACACUUUGAACACGUCAACAAAUUUGUCAACAGCAUCAAUAAGCCACUGGCUGCUCUGGAGGAGAAUGGGGGAAACAGUGAUGAGGAAUCUGUUAAAGGUGUCUUGACAGCCCUUGAGAACCGGAUCCUUGUCAAACGAAUGCUGAUCAAGUGUGCAGAUAUCUCCAAUCCAUGCAGGCCUCAGGAGCUCUGUAUAGAAUGGGCUGGACGCAUCUCUGAAGAGUACUUUGCACAGACGGACGAGGAGAAGAGACAGGGUCUACCUGUGGUCAUGCCUGUGUUUGACAGAAACACCUGUAGCAUUCCAAAGUCCCAGAUUUCCUUCAUAGACUACUUCAUCACAGACAUGUUUGAUGCGUGGGAUGCUUUUGCAGACCUACCCAACCUCAUGCAGCAUCUGGACAACAACUUCAAGUACUGGAAAGGACUAGAUGACAGGAAGCUGCACAGCUUGCGACCGCCUCCAGAGUAGGCACUGCCACGUGUACCUUCAGCCCUGGGACUCUGUUCGCGAAGAAUGUCCCUGCUCUCCUCUCCCUGCUGGGUUGUCUCUCUCCCUGUCGGCCCAGUGCAGCUAUUCAGGGCAUCCUAGCCUUCACUCUCCUGCUUCUGUAGCACACCGAGCGUCCAUACGUCCAUCUAUAAAGACACACGACUACCUGACAGACUAACAGCUGCACAUCUGGUGUUGGCUUACAACCCUGUCAGAUGGGAACUAUACCCAACAAAAUGAUGGAUGGCUAAAUGGAAAUACAGCAUCCUUACAAACUGUUAGUGCCUGUUAGGCAUUAGUGGUGUAGCUGGUCAAGCGAUAUGACUGAGAGAGGUUCCUUAGACACCUCCUGGCAAAGCAUCCGUCCCCCUAGUUAUCACAUGGGUUCAACCUUUCUGUCAGAGUGACUGUUGUAUCUGAGUAAAAACUGCUUGUUCAUUGAUGGACCGAUAAACACUGACUGGGGAUUGCAGUGUUCUGGAUUCCAUUUAGAGAAACUUGAGGAUGAGAUGGAAGAGUGCUCUGAUGAUGAAGGUGUCAAGUCUACGUCCAACCACCCGCGACCACCAAGUACUUCCAUCCCUCUUUUCACGGCAACACGAGAUUACUCUCUUGUGCCCCUGGAGGCUACACCGUAAAACAACAUGCCACAGCUUUUAUUUUUAUUUUUUGUCUGUCCUUCAGAAACUCAUCCACUAUUCCUGGCAAGAAUAUGUGUGGUGACAUGAAGCUGUCAUAAGAGAUGUUGGUAGGGAGGAUUUCUUGCAGGUUCAGGGAGUGGAAUUUUAUUUAGGCCACUGGUGAGAGGCAAAAACCUCAACAUCUUGAUCAUAGCUAACUAAUUACAAAUGAUUUGGUAUAUUAAUUUUGUCUUAGAUGUUCCAUAUUUUCUAUACUAAAAAUACAUACGUAAUUUAGUUGAUGAAUAAGAACAAAAUACACUUUAAAGAGAAAAAAGCCAAAGCUGAUUAAGAAGAAUAUUACUAUAACUCUGUCUUGUCCACAAUUAUUCAUAUGACGCAUUGACAUUAUGAACAUUUUUAUUUUGUUAUCAAAAGUACAGUACCAGUUUGAAUGAACACCUUUUUAUUGCACUGUAAACAAUAUUAGAAAUAUCUAUGUCUCAGUGAUUUGUCCAGGGAUGGGAUGUUGCUUUGGAGAAUAAGCUGCGUUAUUGAUCUUCAGGUGUGUGUGUGUGCGUGUGUGUGUGUGUGUGUGUGUGUGUGUGUGCGUGCGUGCGUGCGUGCGUGCGUGCGUGCGUGCGUGUGUGUGUGUGUGCGUGCGUGUGUGUAUGUAUGAAUUCAUCGUUGCAGCAAUCCCUUACUCUUGGUUUGAUGCUGUAAACCGCUUGACAUUUGACAACAGCAGAAAUAUGUGAAAACAUUUUGGACUUGAAAGAUUUUUUUCCUCCCAGAAAUUUUUGUAUCUGGUUUAUCCUACUGAAAAGACUGCCUUAUUUUAUACAAUAUUUAUACAGUACAUCCCACUGUGCAACUGCAACGGAUAUCUGGAGUUUUUAUUAUAACAUACUCAAAAAGUUAUGUUCAAGUAAAUCUCAAUAUUUUUAUAGACAAUGAAUUUUACACUGGAUUUACAGCAAAUGAGAUCAACCAUUAUAGCUAUCUGAAUACCUGUGAAAUGGAUGGUUGUGAGGCAUUGUAAGCAUGUAUACAGAGAACUAAAUGGUUAGGAAGGAUGUGGAUUACAGAAUUGUCUAUCACUGUCUUUAACCAGUCUCCUGGAGGCCAGCUUGCUUUGAUUUUGGCGAACAUAAUUCUGUUUUGGCCACUUGUCCAAGAUCCUUAUGCACAGACCCAGGGAACAACUUCUAAACAAUGUUGGUUUCAGAUCAGGAUACUAAUAUGUUAAAGAAUGUUGCUUAUAAAGAAUAUUUCCUAUUUAAACAGUAUAUAUAGUAAUGCCAUAACAACUAAGCAAAUGAUGGUUAAUAUUGACCAUGGUGUCGCUGUUUCUCUCUUAUGACAGAAUUGUACACUCAAUCAGGGGAUUUGUUUAUUCCUUCUGAUUCACUUGGUCUGAAGGCACGGAAAAAAUAAAAUUUGGAAAAUAUUCAAUGGAAAAUAAAAUA